CUUAGGCUUUUGUUAGGGGUAAAAGGCGAGGUAGAAAUGUCACAGCGAAGAGAUAGUUUUCUGUCUGCGGUUAGGUUUUAAUGUAAUUCUAUCACUGUAACUGUCUCACAUAUAGGUACUCAUAGGUCACGGAUUAAACCAGUUCAAAAGAGCCAUUAGCGAGUUUAUUAUGAAUGCUCAUCAUGGAAGAGUUAUCACUAAAGAAAAGUUAGCUAGCUUAGCUCAGUUGGGUUUUUUUUCCCGCAGUCAACUUCGGCGUUUUUUUUUUUUUUUUUUUAAAAGCCACAAUAGCUGAGAUUUUGUAAAGGGUGUUUGUGUAGCUUGAUAUGAGCUCCUUCACCUCCCUCAGUGUGUAGAUUCAGAAAUGAUUAGCGGAAAUAACAAGACACCUGCACGGAAAAUCAAUAGUUCAGCGCUUUCGACUUCAAACGUUGUCGUUUCUCCCAUGAAGGGUUAGAACAGGGUUAUAAAUCUCGGUCUGAAUACUCUUAGGAGGGGAAAAAAAGAAAGAAAAGAAGUGGACAGCCCCUCGGCUGAUUGGCUUUUGGGGUUAAACUUCAGUGACUUCCCCUUUCGAGACACACUCUUUAUCUACCAUUUCAGGCUUUUCUAAACCAAAUUCGUGUACAAGUCGAAAGGACGAACACUAAUUUAAGACCUCCGACUCAUAGUCGCUGUAUUAUCUUUACAGCUCCAUUAUACUGUACAAGUGUAUUCGGCUAGCUUAUCCUGCUAGCUGCUGCUGCUCUGAUACACCACAGUGUGUAGUGGUAGCCUCAAAGCUAGCACCGCUAGCUUCGUCUUCUCCUGCGAUUUAAUUUAUUUAUUUUCUUUUUUAUAACUAUGUCGAAUAUUAACAACGACACCGUGAGCUUGAUUAAAGACGUAAAACCGGGAUCUAAAAACCUGCAUAUCGUCUUUAUAGUUUUGGAAAUAGGUCGCGUGACUAAGACAAAGGACGGACACGAAGUGCGCUCGUGUAAAGUAGCGGAUAAGAGCGGCAGUAUCGCCAUCUCCGUCUGGGAUGAACUGGGCAGCCUCAUCCAGCCUGGGGACAUCAUCCGCCUCACACGAGGCUAUGCUUCUAUUUGGAAGGGGUGUCUCACCUUGUACACAGGCCGAGGUGGAGAUCUACAGAAAAUCGGAGAGUUCUGCAUGGUGUACUCAGAAGUUCCAAACUUCAGCGAGCCAAAUCCUGAGCUGCUAGCCCAAGCCAACCAGCAGAACAAAACGGGUAAAGAACAGCGUGGAAACUCCCCACCUAAUCAAAAUGCACCACCCUCUGUCCAAGCAGGAAACGGCACCAUGCAGACAUAUCCUAACAAUAACACAUCCCAGCCAGCUAACUUCCCAGCUCCCGGGAGAGCGAAUGGCCGUGUUCCUGGAAACGGCCCGUCACUGGUCACUGUAGGACAGCCUGCACCUCCGAAACCGUCAGUCACCAUCAGCAAUGGCAGGGACCCUCGCCGUGCUUCCAAGAGAUGAAGCACACUCAAAGCUUGACUGUUUUGUUUGUCUUUCAAAAUAACUGCCAAUCAAGACAAAGUCUAAUAUUACAGUGCAAUCAGCUGAGUAUUGGCUUUGUCCUCUUUCACCUAGGCCUGUUAAGAGUUAAGCUUUCUGGAGAACAGUUACUUCAGAACUUGAUUUUUCUUCAUCACCACCCUGUUGUCUUCUUUUAGUGCAGGUCUCCACACGCACCCUCAUCAUGUGGUGUUUCAACCAUCCACCCUUACUUGAACACUCAAUGCACUUUCUUCGCUUAAUUUAUAGUGAAUUGCUGUCAAAGGAAUUCAGGAAUGGUUAACUGCUGUUGUAAAUACGCAGACGGAAGCCGCUGGCUGCCUUUUUCUUUGUGUGGAAGGGUGCAUGCCCUUCAGCCAAAAACAUACCAAAAGUGACUGUGCGAAAGAGGUGAUGGUUUGAUUCUGACACGGUUUAUUUAAUUAGAAAUAAAACUAGAAAUUAACCAAUGUUGUCCAAUUAAAACUUGUUUUAUUGGUCCUUUCUCUGGUUUUUGCAUUAAAUUAAUGCUGGCUUGGGGGACUGACAUCAUCAUGGGAUGAAAUGUCUGUAUGAACUGCUACUUAUGGCAGACUGUCACCUUCAGUCCACAUGAAACAGCCCAUCAGAAAUGCCACUGGUACAUAAUCGACCCCAUUUUUUUUUCCCUUUUUUUUUUUUUUUUUUGUUUAUAAUAAAACAAGUAAAAAGGAUUCAUGCCCCCACA